AUGGUGAACUGGCCUGACCAUAUGGGGGAAAUGAAUGGUGAAAUGGGACGUGGGCCUGCAACCGCGGAUCAGCAGUCCCAACAGCAAUACUUGGAUAUGGUUUGGCAGCUAUCUGACAUGUCCUUGAACGACAAGCAAGCGUUGCCGGCACCUCCGGCACAGCAGCCGCCUGCGCCGCCGGCAGAGCACGUUCCAACAGCCAACUGGCAGCGUGACGGCACUGUGCCAGCAGCCGGGAGUUCCGCUGCGGUCUGGAACUCUUUCGACGAUGCUGCUGCCAAGGGCAUGGUAGACGGACUUGUAGGUGGGGAUGAGACGAGUGCUCCUCCACCUCUGCCACCACCUCCUCCCAAUGCCAACACAGCCAUGUGGGGGCAGAGGGAAGUGGACGGAGUAACUCCAAAGGAGACAGGAGUGGUCCUGGAGGAGGAGGCACGGAUCGACAUGGUGGUGUCAAGAGCCAAGUCCAAGAGUUGCGAUGCGUUCGGAAGGUACUUGGGUAUAGAUCCCAUCACAGAUGGUGACCUCAUGUGGAUAGCAGAUGAGGCUCUUGCAGCACCGCUUCCGUCCGAGUGGACAGAACAUCACGACAGUGCGGAUCGGGUCUUCUACUACAACGUGCAGACCCAUGCCAGCUCGUGGACACAUCCUCUCGAGCAGAUGCACCGGGACACGUACAAGUCCAUCGUGCAUUAUCGCAGCGGAGAGGUCUCCAAGGAGGAUCAGGUGACUGAGCUCGAGAGGCUCAAGAGAAAGUGCGACGACGCAGAGCGUGAGUCUAUCAGAGAGCUUCAGGCGUGGUCAGAACAUACUGACGAGGGAGGUCAGAAGUUCUUUUACAAUCGCGAGAAACAGGUCAGUGUGUGGACAGAUCCACGGCCUGCGCGUUGCCAUGCCCUGUACCUGCAGAUGAGAGCUCUCCGCGACAUGAGCAAACAUUGUGGGCAGGCCGUUCCUGGGCUUGGCACAAUGGAUGAUCCGCGGAGAGAUAAGCUUCGAAUUCAGCAGACGUUGGUGAUUGGAAACGUAGAUCCUCUGGGCCGAAGUACGCGUGACAAAAGAGAUGAUGACAGUCGUUUGGCUGGCGGAAGUGGCACUGCAGGCCAAAAAGACGAGGAGAAGAAAAAGAAGAAGAAACACAAGGAGGGAAAGCACAAGAAAGAGGGAGGCAACGAGGAGCUUCUGGACCUGACCGAAGACGGCGAUGGGGAGAUAGGAGCUCCGGACAUCUUCAACAAGAAGUCUGGCCUCGAUGUCAAGAAACCCUCGUUGUCUGCCGUGGAGGAGGUGAGACAGGCGCUUGGUGUUGCUCCUGGCAGCAACGCCGCUGGCAGCCAAAGUCCACGCGGACUGUCUGGCGGACUGCCCAGCAUAAACCAGGGGAGUUUUGGCCGCUUGCCACAAACACCACCAGGUGAUGGUUUAAGCUCCGUCGGCCGGGCAAAGGUAAGGGCAGGCAUUCGUUUAGAGCCGAUCAAGGGCUAG